GCGAAGUUUUUCAUAUUGUGUGUUGAGUUUUAAUUGCUUGUUUCGGGUUAAAUUCCGUUAGCAGUCCAUCAGUAAUGGAGUGCCGUGUGUUGUCCAUUCAGAGUCAUGUUGUCAGGGGAUAUGUCGGGAACAAGUCGGCAACAUUUCCCCUGCAGGUGCUGGGCUUUGAAGUGGACUCCAUCAACUCGGUGCAGUUUUCCAACCACACAGGUUAUGACCACUGGAAGGGACAAGUCCUGACAGCAGAGGAGCUGAAGGUGUUGUACGAGGGCAUCAAGCUCAAUAAAGUCAACCGCUACGACUACAUUCUCACAGGGUACAGUCGGGACACAUCCUUCCUGGAAAUGGUGGUUGAUAUUAUCAAGGAGUUGAAAAAGGCCAAUUCCAGCUUGGUCUAUGUUUGUGAUCCUGUCAUGGGAGACCAAGGUGCUAUGUAUGUUCCAGAGAACCUGUUGCCUAUCUACAAGAAUAAAGUAGUGCCUUUGGCAGAAAUCCUCACCCCCAACCAGUUUGAAGCAGAGUUGUUGACUGGAAGGAAAAUUUGCACAGAGGAUGAUGCUAUCAAGGUGAUGGACUUACUUCAUGAUAUGGGCCCAGAGACCGUGGUCCUCACAAGUACAGACCURCCCUCUAAACACGGGGAUCAGUUUUUGGUGGCCCUCGGAAGCCAAAGAAUAAGAAAGCCAGAUGGGACCAUUACGUGUCAGAAAAUUUGCAUGGACAUUCCUAAAGUGGACGCUGCGUUUGUAGGAACAGGAGACCUGUUCGCUGCCAUGCUGCUAGCCUGGACUUACCAUCACCCCAAGGACCUAAAGACCGCCUGUGAAAAGACUGUUUCUGCUAUACACCAUGUCCUUAAGAGGACCAUCACUUAUGCCAAUGAGGUGGCUGGUCCUGGGAACAAGCCCAGUCCCGCGCAGCUGGAGCUGAGGAUGAUCCAGAGCAAAGCCGACAUCGAGAAUCCCUCCAUCGUAAUAGAAGCAAAGGUUUUAUAAACGUCUUCAGACAAAAAACUGUAGACCUUUUGUGAGCGUUCACACUGUGGGUACAGAUCCAGACAGCGUGCUGGGGCACGUAGGAUUUUCCUAUUAAAAUCAUCCUUGUGUUUCUGCCUUACAAAUCCUCUGGGAUGGUACAACAGUGGCAGUGGGAUGUGCUUUUUUCUCAUMGACAAACACACCGGUGUCACUGCCAUAAAUAUUUUUAUUUUUAUUUUACAAGUUUAUUCGUUUCUUUAAAAAAUUAAAUAAAUUCUAUAUACAAUAACA